GAGGUGGAGGCAGGCCUGUGGACAAUCAGCAGACCGGGCUCUGUGUUAGAGCGCUGCCAGGGGGAAACAUGUCAUCUGAGCAGUUUGAAAAGCUCCACGAACUGUACAAAGAUUUCUAUGGCAGUUUGCGGAGGAUCCCUCCCAUGUUGCAGAGCUGCCGUGGAGAGGAGAAGAAAAGACUUUUGCGCGAGUUUGAUGAAAAGCAGCAGGAAGCAAAUGAAAUGCUUGUGGAAAUGGAAGAGGAAUUGAAAUACGCCCCACCAUCUUUUCGACAUGAAAUGAUGAGCAAGCUGCGGACCUAUAAAAAAGACCUUGUUAAACUGCAAACAGAAGCAAAAGUAACUAUUUCUGAGGAUUAUAGUCAUGGAGCUUACAACAUAGAAAAUGAAACAAUUACCCCAUUGAAGACCCAAAGAGCACUGCUCAUUCAAGGCACACAGAGUUUAAUUAAAACCUCGGACAGUAUUGCAAGAUCCCACCACUUAGCAGCAGAAACGGAUGCCAUUGGCACAGAUAUCAUUGAGGAACUUGGCCAGCAGAGGGAACAAUUGGACCGCACAAAAGGAAGAUUGGUUAACACAAAUGAGAAUUUAAGCAGAAGUCAGAAGAUCUUGCGAUCCAUGUCACGGAAAAUUGUGACAAACAAGCUUCUGAUGUCAAUUAUCAUCAUUCUCGAACUUGCCAUCCUUGGGGGCUUAGUGUACUAUAAAUUCUUUAGCAAAAGAUGAUCAAUGGACCUUUCUCACAAACUGUUUGUGUUCCGUUGGAGGAUUGCGCAUUUUUCCACAGAAGCAGAUGCCGGGAUCGUCUGCUCUUCACCAGACUUAUUAAAACUGAAAUCGCUUGUAAAAUAAUGUAAAAAUCCUUGUACUGAAAAACUACCUGUAUUCCAGAAACCUUGACCUGGUGGAAAGCUUCAGUAUUGUUUGGAUAAGACUGGUAUUAGCAUUAUGUUGUUUAACCAAUUAUGAAAUGUUUCUUUGACAAAAAUGUGAAUUAACGAUAAAAUGUCUAUAAUUUAAAAAUUGUAUGUUAAUUAUUAUGAAAUAUAUUUCCCAUCCUACACAUCCCCCACUCCAGUUGACUGAUAAGAUGGCCAGCAAAUCUCUCUAAGCUGCUGUUAUAUUAAAUGUACUAAAAAGAUAAAUAGUUGGAGUAAUGGUUAAUAAAACUGCAUAAUAUAAUGCCAUAUAAUAUACCUAUAUUAAAAAUUCUGGCACUCUAAGUCAACUC